AUGGCCGCGGCGGAGAAAGCAGUUGUGGGCCCUCUGGUGGGCGCGGUCGACCAGGGCACCAGCUCCACGCGCUUUCUGGUCUUCAACCCGAGGACCGCAGAGCUCCUUAGUCACCACCAGGUGGAAAUCAAACAAGAGUUCCCCAGAGAGGGGUGGGUGGAGGAAGACCCUCUGGAAAUUCUGCAGUCUGUCCACGAGUGUAUAGAGAAAACGUGUGAGAAACUCCGGGAGCUCAAUGUUGACCUUGCCGACAUCAAAGCCAUCGGCGUCAGCAACCAGAGGGAAACCACCGUCGUCUGGGACAAGGUGACAGGGCAGCCUCUGUACAACGCGGUGCUGUGGCUGGACCUCCGAACCCAGUCCACGGUUGAGAACCUCAGCAAGAGGAUUCCAGGGAACAAAAACUUCGUCAGGCUCAAGACCGGCCUUCCGCUGAGCACCUACUUCAGCGCGGUGAAACUUCGCUGGAUCCUUGACAACGUGGGUCAAGUUCAAAAAGCCGUGGAAGAAGGCCGCGCUCUCUUCGGGACCAUUGAUUCGUGGCUUAUUUGGUGUCUGACCGGAGGAGCCAAAGGAGGCGUCCAUUGUACGGAUGUGACCAAUGCCAGUCGGACGAUGCUCUUCAACAUCCAUUCUUUGGAAUGGGACAAAGAGCUCUGUGACUUUUUUGAAAUUCCAAUGGCGAUUCUUCCAAAUAUCCGGAGUUCUUCGGAGAUCUACGGCCUCAUGAAGGUCGGAGCCUUGAAAGGCGUGCCCAUAUCCGGGUGCUUGGGGGACCAGUCCGCUGCAUUGGUGGGACAAAUGUGCUUUCAGGAUGGUCAAGCCAAGAACACGUAUGGGACAGGCUGUUUCUUGCUUUGUAAUACAGGCCGUAAGUGUGUAUUUUCUGAGCAUGGCCUUCUGACCACGGUGGCUUACAAACUAGGCAGAGACAAGCCGGUGUGUUACGCGCUGGAAGGUUCUGUCGCUAUUGCUGGCGCCGUUAUUCGCUGGCUGCGAGACAAUCUGGGAAUCAUCAGUACUUCCGAGGAAUCCGAAACCCUUGCUAAAGAAGUCGGUACCUCUUACGGCUGUUACUUCGUCCCGGCGUUUUCAGGGUUAUAUGCACCGUAUUGGGAGCCCAGCGCAAGAGGGAUCAUCUGUGGUCUCACUCAGUUCACCAAUAAAUGUCACAUUGCUUUCGCUGCACUAGAAGCUGUCUGCUUCCAAACCCGAGAGAUUCUGGAUGCCAUGAACCGUGACUGCGGGAUCCCACUCAGUCAUCUGCAAGUCGAUGGAGGAAUGACCAGCAACAAAAUCCUCAUGCAGCUGCAAGCCGACAUUCUGUACAUCCCUGUCAUGAAGCCCUCCAUGCCUGAGACGACAGCUCUGGGUGCAGCGAUGGCGGCGGGGGCGGCGGAAGGAGUGGGCGUCUGGAGCCUCGCCCCGGAGGAUUUGGCCGCAGUCACCAUGGAGCGGUUUGAGCCCCAGAUCAACGCGGAGGAAAGCGAAGUUCGUUAUUCCACCUGGAAAAGGGCGGUGAUGAAGUCAAUGGGCUGGGUUACCACGCAGUCUUCUGACACGAGCAGCCCUAGUAUCUUUUGUAGCCUGCCCUUGGGCUUUUUUAUCGUGAGUAGCCUGGUAAUGUUAAUCGGAGCAAGGUACAUCUCAGGUCUUCCAUAA